AUGGAAUAUUCCUACUCUGCUCCGGCAAAACCCCACAUGUAUAAGGCAGCGUCCGCCGCCGACCACCGACAUCGUCGCUCCACGCCGUCGCAACAUCACGACUACUUUGCGCACCUCCAGCAGCAGUACCACGCCAGCCACGACCUGCUGUAUUCACUGUGGCCCUCUGUAGAGCCCAACUACGAGGCCUUCUUCUCCCCGCCGGAUUUCAUGUCGCCCGUCAUCACCGUUGCGCCGGAGGAGCUGAUGCCGGCUGCUCCUCCUCCUCAGCCUGCUGUUGCUGCUCCUGCGCAGCCUACUCGCGCCUAUGUCUGCGCUAUCUGCGGAAAUAAAUACCAGAGAAAUACGCAUCUUCGCCGCCAUGAAGCUACACACAGCAAUGUAAACAAGUUCAAGUGCCAGUACUGCGACAAGGAGUUCUCUCGCGGUGAUGUCUGCAGAAAACACUCUCUCAAUUGUCCCAAAAAGGACAGCCCGCUGCAGCCGCCCGAGCACCGCCGGGGCCGCAAGCCCACUGCAUGCGAGGCUUGCUUCCACAGCAAAGUCCUGUGCGACAAGAAGAUGCCCUGCUCGCGCUGCGCUAUCCGAAACGUCCCUUGCCGCCCUCGUGAUGUCCCAGAGCACUCGUUUUCCGCUUCUUCUUCGGAGGCAGCGAGUUCCUCGUCGCCGCUGCCGCCUGACCUGCCCUUCCUGCGCGGCAUCAUGGACCCUACCAAGCAUAGCAUGCUCGAGUAUUUCCACACAAGCAAGGAAGAGGCCGUGAAUGAAGAGGUUCCCGAGUCGGAUUGCAACUUGCAGCCUCAUCACGCCAAAAAGACGAUCCAAAGCCAACAACAACAGCAGCAGCAACAACAGCCACACGAUAUGCCCAGCUUUGACGACAUCAUGGGCAUCUUCCCCUCCAACUACUCCUCCAUGCUCGACGACGCCUACCACAGCUUUGUCCCCGACGACGACUUUGACAUCAUGUCCAUCUCGGAUAAAUCGCCAGUGCCCAUUCUCACCGACUCCGGCUUUGAGCUGCUCGAGGCUCGCUCAAUGACUCUGGUGCAGGACUUGCACGCCAUCCACACCCAGCUCUACAACACCGAUCCUACCUACGAUCUCGACUUUGAUGUGGCCGCUGCCGAGUCGGUGCUGUGUGCAGAAAACAUGCGCAGCUUCAUUGCCACCUUUUUCCGCCUCAGCCACGUCCACUUCCCCAUUGUCCACUAUCCCACUUUUGGCACCCAAGAGACCAUCAAGUCUUUACUGCUUAUUAUUGUUGUUGCUGGUGCCUACAGAUCGCCACCCCUCGACGAUGCCCUCGACUGCCAGAGCUAUCUUCGGCUGGCCGAAGAAUACGUCUUCAAUGAGCUCGAGCAGGCCGUGCAGACAUCAGACAUCCACCAGCCGUCGCCAGAGGUGCUCCAGACACUGCAGGCCGGCAUCAUUGCCAACUAUUUGCUGUGUCUAAGCAAUAAUAUCCCCGGCCGCAAGAGGACACACACAGAGCGUCUUCCGAAAAUGGUUGCAGCCGUGCGUCACUUUGGCCUCUGCAAUAUGCGCCAUGUGCCUGGUGUAGACUGGGAAAAGUUCAUCUACAACGAAACCUGCAUCCGAGUCGCAACAUGGGCAGCCGCCGCAGACUGGCAUCAUUCGUGCCUCUUUUACCAUCCUGCCGUCACCAGCGUUACCGAGAUGAAGGGCAACUUUCCCUGCCACCGUGAACUCUGGGAUGCUCCCGACCGGACAUCGUAUAUUCUGCACAAAGAGCGCCUCGAUUCAAAGCCUGGGUUGCAGACGCUGCAGCUGACACACUCUAUGAGCGACUUUGUCCGCUGCAUCAUGAAUGACCAAUGGUCGCUGGUCGACGAUCUUCACCCAGACGCCCUCACCAUUGAGACUCUCUACUACGUUUCCGUCUGUCUCAGCGGAAUGGCCAUCGCCGCCUCCCAGAUGAUGGUUCUCCCUGCCUCCGCAACCGCAUUAAGGCGAGCCUGCGCUCGAUGGCAGAAGAUGUGGGAUAUUGUCGUGGCCAAACUCGAUCGUAAAACCCUUCUCAAAGCAGGCAUGGCCCGUCAUUCCUGCGAAAACAUCCAGCUCAUGCUCAUCAUCAUCGAUGCAAGCCUCACCGGCCGAGACAACGUCUUCCUCGGGACCAUUGCCCAUCAUACCCUCGAAAAUCUUCAUACUUUUCUCCUGCGAGAAAUCAACCGCACACCUGACAGUUCAAAAUCUCCUCCUUAGCUCCUGUUUCACUAGCCUUACGCCCUCAUGACCGCAUGCAACUGUCCCUGCCAAAAAACGAACCGCCUGCUUCUGUACGAUAUCUGGUAUAUUAAACAAAAUUAGUGUAUAUAAUCGCAAAAAGGGACACCUAGAUGUUCUAUUCUCCACUUCCAUAUUCUUUUCAUUCAGACCCAAGCAUCUGCUGGCGAUCGUU